AUGAUGGUCCCGAUGAGCCUACGGCGCAUAGCCCUAUUGCUUGCCUUGUCAGCUUCAACAGUAGCGCUGCCUUCUGCUCCCUCUACUCCUGCUUCAAGGACGUCUCAUCGGACGCCCUCUAAGACGCCGUCAAGCAGUGCGUCGUAUAAAGCCACGCCAACAUCUAGCGGUUAUGCAGUCAUUGAGACUCUGGUAGAUGGUGUCGUUAUCGGCUGCACUUCAUCCACUCUUUUGAAAGUCACAGGGGCCACCAGCGUUAUCACAUCGACACUAUGUCAAGGAACACCCACGCCCAUCACUACAUUCCAAGAUGAGUGGAGGUCCUGGCAGUCCCUGGUCUCUGCUGUUGCCCCUGUUACUGCACCGGUUAAUGGAUGCAAGAUUGUCACUCCUGUUCAAGGUGCUGGGUCGACUCAGUACUGUACGUGUGGGGGAGGUCACACUGCCAGUGCAAGCUCUGUACCAACUGCCAUAGCAUUGUCUUCCACGUCCCUUACCACGGUAUGCUCUACGCCCAAUGCAAUGCCCACCGGAUACAUCGAGGUGCCUCAAAUCGCCCUUGCGGAAUUCCAGCCGGGAGGCCUUGACCUACUCUGGACAGACCCUCCCAUAUCGCCGUGUACCGACAUGGGCAAGCCGGAUCCCUUGUGCUGGGACUUACUUGAUAUGGACGAGUUUGUUCAAUGGUGGUGGGGGGAAUAUGAAUCCAUCUGCGAAGGUUACCCAGCCUACCACGGGUUUGGUGAUUGCUUUGUCAAUUUAAUGACGGCAGACUCCCCAAUGAAUUGUUCGGCGCUACAUAGCGACUCUCAGUGCACACAACCUUCUUCGGGAGAGUACGGAAAAUAUCCUUGGAACUCUAUGCGGAUUUUCUAUGCUUCAUUAAGUAUUUUUAACAUCCAUGGGUUUUUUCAUGACUAUUACGCUACUAUUGGGGAUAUCUCCUCGAUAGCAUCGGAUUCGGUGGGAGAGAUCGCGAAGAUUGUGCAGCCUCCCGAGACAUCAAACGUUGCACUAAAUGAUGUUUUAACAGCUCUUGCUGUUGGCCUUGCCUUCUUAAGUGCUCCAGAGGGAGCGCCGGCUUGGUUUGGUAUGUUACUUACGGGCUUAGGCCAAGCGACAGGAGUGGCUAAAUUCUUGUUUCCUGAAUCGAGCUCUUUCAACCAGGAAGUGAUGAACUGGCAGAAUGUAUCUGACAGUCUUGGAAAGGUGACUUCGGAAUUACAAACCAGUGUCUCCAAUGGUCUCGACCCGGCCAUCAAUGACAUCGACAGCUUUCUAGCACUGUCCGCUGAUGGUCAAUUUUGUGGAACUGACAACCCUUCCCUUGAUACAUUGAAGCAAGCCAUGCUUCCGGGUCUUUAUACUUUUAUUAUUUCAUCGUUGCUGAAAGCAAACAACAUAAUUCUGACCCGUUCUGGGAAUACCGACGUUCAUGCGCUUUUCAACAACGGUACAAAACUCAACCAGAAUGUGGAAACGGGCAUUUAUAGAUGCAGUGAAUAUGACAAGAAUGGCGGAUGCAAUAUAUGGUGGUAUGAUAGCUCGGCCGACAUAACCUAUAGUCUCACAUCGACCUCUGACAAUGGCUACAAUGGCACCUCGGUCAUGUCACAACUCCUUGGGUACGAUGCCAAACAGGCAGCUGCAAAUGGCGCAUUCAGUGGCUAUACAACAGGUGACAUGCUUUUCGCCGGCGCCGCCAGUUGCUCUAACGGGGGCAGCAGCAGUCCGACUUUCAAUAUCACGCAGUUGAACGUAACCAAUGGCGAUCUUGGACUCAACUGCCUCAGCUCCUUGCAGGUAUGUAGUUGGGGCAUGAAUUACCCGGACCCAUGGGUCACUGAUUGCCCCAACACCAAAAUGGAUAUCGGGUACACACUGUGCGCGCCAGACCCGCAAGACUGGGACACGGCUGACCAGGGGACGUCUCUUCCAAAACAGUACUUGGGUUGGGCAGUGACACAGGCGGGAAUGGACGCUCUCCACGCCGACGAAGACAGCAGGGGGAGGGUUAGGACAUAUGCAUGUAUAGGAUAG